AUGGCUUUGGAAAACAGCACCAAUGAUAGCUGUAGAUCGGAGAAAACGUUUUCUUUGGUGUGGGGAUGUGAGCUAACCAAGGAGAAGCCAACCUACACAUUUGAAGUCACAGAGGACUGGUCCUAUGAGCAGCAGCAGUUGGCUUUGAGGACGAUCUGCCUAGGAGAAAAAGCCAAGGAUGAAUUUCAUGUUGUGGAGAUUGUACCCCAAAAGGACAACAAGGAAUCUGCUCCAGUGUGCAUAGCAAACUUGAAACUUUCAGUUCUCCCAAUGGUCACCUCACUAGGACUUGAUCUGAACCCACCUGUCACGUUCAGACUAAAGUCAGGGAGUGGGCCGGUCUACCUUGCUGGACAGCAUGUGUCAGCUGUCUUCAAGUGGAAUGAUAGUGAGAAGGAGGAAGAGUCCCUGGAAGAUGAAGAGAUGGAGGAAUCUUCCAAGGAAGAGUCUCCAAUUAAGCCUGCCAAGGCUACGGACUCCAAGCGUUCAGCUACAGCAGCCAAGAAGGAGUCAGAACUCCCUGCUCGGGAGCUAUCUCAGCUGAAGCUCUCAAAUGUCAUGUCUGUGAGUCAUACAGUCCUCAGGGCUGCCUUAAAGGAGAGGGCGUCUGUGAAGCAUUACCUGGACAAUGGUGCAUAUAUACCGACUUCUUUAAGAGUACGUUAG